CCUAAUUCAAUUAACCGGGAAACCCUCGGGCAACCUGUGGAGCCUUCAGUUGGCAAUCAGUUUGGUAUGCACUUGGUUCGAAGAGCUUUUGAUUUAUACUCAUCUCCGAAAUGGCCGCAGCUGCAGUUGAGAUGCCACGAGAUAACGUGGCGACAAAGAAGAAGACCGCUGCAACCAACAAACAGAAAACUGUUCUUGUGAAACAGCCACUGGCAAAGCAUACGUUGCAAACUAGCUGGGGUUUGUGGUUCUUCAAGAAUGACAAGCGCAGGACCUGGCAGGAGAACCUGCAGCUCAUCACCAACUUCCACACUGUGGAGGACUUCUGGGCGUUGUACAACAGCAUGCAGCUCCCAAGCAAACUGUCCUCGGGAUGUGACUACUCCGUGUUCAGGCGUGGCAUCAAACCCAUGUGGGAGGACCGUAGCAACAAUGCAGGUGGACGUUGGCUGGUGACCGUGUCUAAGCAGAAACGUCACACCGACCUGGACAAGUUCUGGCAGGACACGCUCCUCUGUCUGAUUGGGGAAGGCUUUGGUGACUACAGCACAGACGUGUGCGGAGCCGUCGUGAAUGUCCGCGCCAAAGGAGAUAAGAUCGCCGUGUGGACUGCAAACGCAGAGAAGGCGCCAGCCGUCAAGGAGAUUGGGCACAUCUUCAAGGAUCAGCUGGGCUUGUCAGACAACCUGGCGAUUGGCUACCAGGCGCAUGCAGACACAGCCACCAAGAGCAACUCCAACACCAGGAAUAAAUUUGUGGUCUGAGGAGAAGAUAAAUUGGCCCUGUAAAUGACUGUGUAAAGAUAAAAAGUUGUGUGUUUUGUGUGCGUGAGUCUGUUUGUGGGAAUGGUGAGUAUGUUUGUCUCUUGUCUUUCAGAUUGGUGUAGAUGGAUAAUUCUUUUCCAUGGUAAUCUUUUGUUCGCCUUUAAAAUGAGACCUACCUGUACAGUAUAGAAGGCUACAGUGAUUUGUUUUUUUUCCAUUGCGUUUCAGUUCUUUUUAUCAUUUUGGGUCCAUCUCCCACUCUGGCUUUUUUUUUAAGCAUCACGUUUAGCUUCAUUUAAAUGCAGUACUUAAUCUGAAAAGCUUUGGAGUUUGUUUUCUUUAAAAUGUUGUUUACAAAUCGUAUAUUAUGUUAAUUAUGGUCUUGAAUUGUUUUCUUAAAUAAAGUUUAAUAAACUAUA